AUGGCACUUUUUCACCUUGGACUGCAGGAUCUCCCAAAACCAACCCGACUACUUUGUGUUAUCAUUCUCCUCACAGCAAAACUUGUUAUAGCUAGACACUGGACAAAAAACACACUUCUAACACUAGCCCCAGUACUGGAGACCCUAGACUAUAUUAAAAAAAUGGAAGAAUACGCGUUCAGAGUUGAGGGCCGCUAUGACCUCUAUUGCUCUAUCUGGUUCUUAUGGGAUGAACAUAGGGGGGUUGGAGAUACAUCUGGGCAACUCCUAGACCAGCUGACGGUCAGCUUGCUCCUAUCAGACAAAGGAAUUACACAGAGUCUGAGCUUUCCCCCUUAUAUACUACCGAAGUAUCCACCUCAUGCUUCACUAUCGGACAAAGGAAUUACACAGAGUCUGAGCUUUCCCCCUUAUAUACUACCGAAGUAUCCACCUCCUGCUUCACUAUCGGACAAAGGAAUUACACAGAGUCUGAGCUUUCCCCCUUAUAUACUACCGAAGUAUCCACCUCAUGCUUCAGUAUCAGACAAAGGAAUUACACAGAGUCUGAGCUUUCCCCCUUAUAUACUACCGAAGUAUCCACCUCAUGCUUCAGUAUCAGACAAAGGAAUUACACAGAGUCUGAGCUUUCCCCCUUAUAUACUACCGAAGUAUCCUCCUCAUGCUUCAGUAUCAGACAAAGGAAUUACACAGAGUCUGAGCUUUCCCCCUUAUAUACUACCGAAGUAUCCACCUCAUGCUUCACUAUCGGACAAAGGAAUUACACAGAGUCUGAGCUUUUCCCCUUAUAUACUACCGAAGUAUCCACCUCAUGCUUCACUAUCGGACAAAGGAAUUACACAGAGUCUGAGCUUUCCCCCUUAUAUACUACCGAAGUAUCCUCCUCAUGCUUCAGUAUCAGACAAAGGAAUUACACAGAGUCUGAGCUUUCCCCCUUAUAUACUACCGAAGUAUCCUCCUCAUGCUUCAGUAUCAGACAAAGGAAUUACACAGAGUCUGAGCUUUCCCCCUUAUAUACUACCGAAGUAUCCACCUCCUGCUUCACUAUCGGACAAAGGAAUUACACAGAGUCUGAGCUUUCCCCCUUAUAUACUACCGAAGUAUCCUCCUCAUGCUUCAGUAUCAGACAAAGGAAUUACACAGAGUCUGAGCUUUCCCCCUUAUAUACUACCGAAGUAUCCUCCUCAUGCUUCAGUAUCAGACAAAGGAAUUACACAGAGUCUGAGCUUUCCCCCUUAUAUACUACCGAAGUAUCCUCCUCAUGCUUCAGUAUCGGACAAAGGAAUUACACAGAGUCUGAGCUUUUCCCCUUAUAUACUACCGAAGUAUCCUCCUCAUGCUUCAGUAUCAGACAAAGGAAUUACACAGAGUCUGAGCUUUCCCCCUUAUAUACUACCGAAGUAUUCUCCUCAUGCUUCAGUAUCAGACAAAGGAAUUACACAGAGUCUGAGCUUUCCCCCUUAUAUACUACCGAAGUAUCCUCCUCAUGCUUCACUAUCGGACAAAGGAAUUACACAGAGUCUGAGCUUUCCCCCUUAUAUACUACCGAAGUAUCCACCUCCUGCUUCACUAUCGGACAAAGGAAUUACACAGAGUCUGAGCUUUCCCCCUUAUAUACUACCGAAGUAUCCACCUCCUGCUUCACUAUCGGACAAAGGAAUUACACAGAGUCUGAGCUUUCCCCCUUAUAUACUACCGAAGUAUCCUCCUCAUGCUUCACUAUCGGACAAAGGAAUUGCACAGAGUCUGAGCUUUCCCCCUUAUAUACUACCGAAGUAUCCUCCUCAUGCUUCAGUAUCAGACAAAGGAAUUACACAGAGUCUGAGCUUUCCCCCUUAUAUACUACCGAAGUAUCCUCCUCAUGCUUCAGUAUCAGACAAAGGAAUUACACAGAGUCUGAGCUUUCCCCCUUAUAUACUACCGAAGUAUCCUCCUCAUGCUUCACUAUCGGACAAAGGAAUUACACAGAGUCUGAGCUUUUCCCCUUAUAUACUACCGAAGUAUCCUCCUCAUGCUUCACUAUCGGACAAAGGAAUUACACAGAGUCUGAGCUUUUCCCCUUAUAUACUACUGAAGUAUCCUCCUCAUGCUUCAGGGAGGAAAAUUCAGAAUAGAUACAACUGUAUUAGCAACAUUUCCUCAAGCGUUUUCCCUACAGCAUAG